UUGGACAACGUUCUCAGUAAUGCCUGGUGCGCCUCGCCGUCGCGACGCUUCUUCUCGUCUUUCUUUCUCACCGGAGCUUCCCUCUUCCUUCCACCGUUCGCUAGUUCAUUCCGCAGAAAUAAGCCACCUCUGACGAACGUUUCACCUGCCGACAGGAUGAAUUCGCGAUUCGCUCGAUUCGAGGCGACACCCACGCGAGUAGCGAGUUUCGCGGCAUCGACCGGUCAGUCGGUACUAAACGAAACGUCCACUCGUACGUUGCACGACUAAUCGGCCUACAGCUGUCCCAAAGUAGCGUGUUUUUAUCACUCUUUCUCUACCGUGCAACGCGAUUCUCGUUAGAUAUAAUCGAGUGAAUCGAUACUGGAUCGGUGGAUGAAACGGUGAAACGACGUUUGGCCGUCGUCUCGGUGCGACGAUUCGGAAUCGGGCGAUCGCCGAAACCAACAUGCCUACAUUCUCCAAGAAACGACGAACAUCGUCUUUUCCGCGGUUCGCAUCCACGGGAUCCACGGGAUCCACGGCUUCCACAACUUCCACAACUUCCACGGCAUCCACGCGUUAACCAACGCGACGAACGUUCCAUGAUCGCAUCGCUGGAAAGCGCGCGAGCGCGUGUUUAACACGAAUAACGAAGCGUAGCGCGAAUAUCGGCGAAAAAGCGACGAAACUUAAUAAUGCGGACAAAGUAACCUUGUUUGACGACCCGUGUCACGCUGCUCGGAAAAUCUCGCAAAAUAUCCUGCAAGUUUACGACGUCUAUCGACUACGCGAUGUUGCUGCUUCUGCUGUUGCUGUUGCCAAUGGGGACACCUGCCUCUGAGCUCUACUUUCCGCAGUCGGAUCUGACCGUAAGGAUACCGUAUCUACCUCGAAAAGACGGGAAAUUUUCAUGGAACCUGAAACUCCUCGAGCUAAGGACCUUUCGAAACGACUCGACGGAACCGAAUCACGCAAACUAUCGCGUCACCGUCCCCAGCGAACGAAUCGUUUCGAUUGAUCCCGAAACGAACAACCUGUUACUGCACGACUUUUCCAAGCAUGGUACAUCGGGACACGAUACGAUCGUGAUCCUGGCGAGAGAGAAUACCGUCAACGAGGCUGUCCUGGAGAUCAGGGUGAAGAGACUGCGCGUUAACGGAACGACAAUUAAUUGCUCCGAUUACGUACAGGACAUGUGCUUCUGGAAUGCGUCGAAAUACAGGAUCUACGAAAACCAACCAACCGCCAUGAUCGGUACCUUCGGACCUGCCGCUUACAGCGAGAUCUGUCCCAAUUUCCGCGUUACCGGUUACAAAUUAUUGAACGGUACGGAAUAUUUUUACGCGUCGAACGAUACGCUGUUCGCUAACGCGUUUCUGGACAGAGACGCGUUGGGUCCGCCACCAGCAGGUCCGGGCCCGCGAGUCACCCUUCAAGUUCAAUGCGUCGUUUACGAAGAGAUCACCGGAAGGCAGUACGUGUCGAUAAACGUCAUACACGUGGACAUUUUGGAUCAAGACGACAAUCCGCCGAUGGCGCAGGGAAACGACUCGAUCGACAUCACGCUUCGAGAAUUUACCGCGGGCGACAAACUGGUGGACGAAAACAAGCUGAUACUAAAGGACGCGGACACGGAAAGUAGCAACCGGUACAGCAUUGUCAUACUCGGGGACGUUCAUGACGCUUUGAACGUCACGUUCAACACAUUGCCCAUCGAGAUUUCGGAAGUAGUUCCGUACACCGCCAUAUUUACAAGAAUUUCCGCGAAAACCACUCUCCUACCAAAGUCUCCUUAUCGCGUGACCCUACGGGUAAAGGACGAGUCUCUGAUUCCAGGAUACGGAAAGGACACGCUCAACAUCACGCUGACUUUCUACGGUCCGGAGCAUCGGAUGACCACGACGACCGUGUCGCCGAUAUCUUCGAGCAAACAAUCCUUCGCGUAUCCCUCGAACGUGAAGAUCUCACGGCUCGCGCCACGCUACACCCGAAUCGCGAAACCGAGCACCGAACCGCAUCCCUCGAUAAGAUUCAACGUUCAUGGAUCGAGCGCGUUCGCUGUCACCCAUAGAGGAGGUAUAAUCUAUGUCGCCGACGAAGAUCAACUGGAGAAAGAACCAGCCAAUUUGGUGCUUAAAGUCAAGUGGAACGGAACAGAUCGCGCCGUCUCCUCCAAGACCGUAAAGAUCAGCUUGACGAUCGUUCCAGGGAUCAAGGUAGACCCGUGCAAUAGGGGCAAGAACUCUCGACUGCAUUCUUGCGCCAAUGCGGAAACGCCGGAAGGCUGUGAGUCCAGCUGCGGAGUCGCCAGCGGAUUUUACAGCAAAGGCAACUUUUCCGGACAAUGCUUAUGGAGAUGGAACAAACGAUCGAACGCUUCCGUAUUUUCCGACAACUACCCGACUUGCUCCCCCGAUCUGACUCACUGUCCCGACAACCAGUGCGACGAAGUCGAACGAUUGGAUCCUCGCAUCUGUCCUCAGGACUGUACCGUCGACGUACACUUUGCCACUUUGAACAAGAACGACCGCGGUAUCAAAAGCGGUUUGGGAACUUGCACGUGCAACGAUGCGUUGCAAUGCACCUGCAACGUGGAACAUUUUCGUAUCCGCAACGAUGAUCCCGGGAAAGGCAAUAAGGAGGGAAAAUACGGUAAAGGAGGGAAGGAGGGUGAGACCGGCAAGUCGAAAGAUGGAGAAAACGAGUAUUUGAUGUCUGGUGCCCGAAAAGCGUCUCACGGGCCGUGUGGACCCAUCUGUAUGAUAGGCAUAAUCGGGGGCAGCUUCUUCGUCUUGAUAGUGAUCGUUGGUUCCUUCGUCACGUCGAGAUACAGAUUGGCUGCAAAGGAAGCUCGACGAGAGGGGAAACGUCGGGUCGACGGUGACUCGAACGUAGUCGGCAUACUAUCUUCGGACUACAUCGACAGAGGUGACGGUCUACUCAUCGGUUUGGACACCUUCACCGCGGCCAAUCGACAUCUCCUGCUUCCCAAAACCUAUCCGCCGGAUCCGAAAUGGGAAUUUCCACGAUCGCGAUUGACCAUCGAACAAAUACUCGGCGAAGGAGAAUUCGGUCGCGUGCUGCGUGCCAAAGCCGUCGACAUCGGAGGAAUCUCGGGGCUUACGACCGUCGCCGUGAAGACUUUGAAAGAAAACGCGUGCGCCUCCGAAUUGGCGGACUUGCUGUCGGAGUAUCAGCUGCUGAAAGAGGCUCAGCACCCGAACGUGAUCAGAUUGUUGGGUGCCUGCACCACUCCCGGUGCUCCGGUCUACCUCAUCAUCGAAUUCGCCGAGUUUGGCUCGUUACGGAAUUACUUGAGACGUAGCCGACAUUUGGAAUCCGAGGCUAGAGCCGGUGGAUGUCUAUCCUUGUCUAACGUGCUCGUCGGUGAAACGAACGGAACGUCCGUAUACACAGUUACGCCGCGUGAUAUUUUAUCCUUCGCAUGGCAGAUCAGCAAAGGAAUGGCCUAUCUCGCGGACAUUAAGUUGGUUCACAGGGAUCUCGCUGCCAGGAAUGUGCUGCUAGCAGCCGAAAAAGUUUGCAAAAUCUCGGAUUUUGGACUGACGCGUGACGUCUACGAAGACGACGCGUAUUUAAAGCGCAGCAAAGGACGAGUGCCGGUGAAAUGGAUGGCACCGGAAUCCCUCGCGGAUCACGUGUAUACCAGUAAAUCGGACGUCUGGAGUUUCGGUAUUCUCCUUUGGGAACUGGUCACUUUAGGCGCUUCACCUUAUCCUGGCGUGGACGUGCACAAUCUCUACAACCUACUCAAAGCUGGAUAUCGCAUGGAAAGACCAGCCAAUUGCUCGCAACAAUUAUACAAACUAAUGAUGUCUUGCUGGCACCAAGAACCUACCAUGAGGCCGUCCUUUAAAGAACUUACCAAUCAUUGGGAAAAAAUGUUAGAAGACAGCGUGGAAUAUUUGGAUCUAAAUCCGAGAACCGUUCAUAAUCAAGCCUAUUUCGCUUCCCUCCAUGCCUUGGACAGUCCAAGUAGUUCCGGCAACGAAGUGACAGACGAUAGCGAUACCAGCAAUCCUUUGAAUACCGACGUUGUAAACUAUCUGAAGAAACCGUGUUCCGAUACGGUGACCAAGUGCGACAAGAUCGACAAGCUUCAAACCCUUUGGCAAGAACCCGUAGAAACGUUCUCCGUAGAAUCCGUCAAAUUAUACGUGAACGAUCGGUCACCGAGUUUUCGUGUCAAUCAUUACGAGAGUCCUAUCAAAUUCAGAAACGCCAGUGUUACCAGUAAUAGCGAGAACGAUCUAGUCACGCCAACGAACGAACGUUCGCAAUCGUACAUCGACAUGGAAGGUAAAAAGUCUUUGGAAACGGAAACAGAGACCGAAGCGGAGGCGGAAGAGUUACUCGUGUUUGUCAAUGAAAACGACGAUACGGAUAAAAAUCGAAGUAACCGAGUAAACGAGACAUGCAAAGAUUAGAGAGAUCGGAAAGCUAAUGGUGAUAAAGCUCGAGUCGUUCUUUCAUACGGGAAGAACAAGGUUGUCCGGAUAUGAUAUGAUGCAAUAUGAAACGAUAUGAGACCAAUAUGAGACGAACGAAUUAGGAGAAAGGAAACGCGAUGCAACUAUUUGACAAGCAUGAAACAUCUUCGACACCGUGCGACACCGAUACUUCUUGCGCCUCUUCAUUUCUUUACUUUUACCACCAAUCACCACAAACAUAUGUGUCGCACAAUACACGAAUAGACGAAUACGCGAAGCGGUGUAAUUUCCAAUUCGUUUGCAGUCUAGAGAAAGAUGCGCAGUAUUGUACGUCCAAAUAGAUCGAUACUUGCAAAGCUAAGAGUUAAACGCGAUAUCCACGAUAGUGUGAAGAAUAUCAGAUCGUUUAAUAUCGUAUUAAGCUAGAAGUCACUAGUAAGUCUCUCGA